UUCGGAUUUACAAUAACGGUCCUACUGCCCCCAAACGACUUGCAUUGAUUUUUACGCCGUGCUUGCUUUAUCGAUCUAGUUUAAUUAAGUUCAAAGCCAGUCGGAAAAUGUUUUGUGCGCUUCUGCUCGUCUGCUCAGAGUUUCCGUUUAGUGUUUUCUAACGUUGGGAGCCCGUAUAUGUUCGUUGAUGUAUCGUACAAUAGGUGCGCCUCCACUGAUUUUGAAAUGGCCAAGAACAGCUUUAAAACUUUAAUUAGCCAGAAACACAAAACGUUUCCGGCGGACCUAAAUAUGUACGGAAUGAAGUGUAAAUCGCAACUGUUGGAGGAUCAGGAGAAUGUCACCCUAAUCAUCAAUCGGCGGAACUCCAUCCGCCAGAAGCCGAAGAGUUGGACGUGGACCCUGCUGCGUUGCAGGUGGCAAAAGAAACUAGUUCUGUUGUUAAUAUUUAUUUGUAUCUGCGUUCUAAUCGUUUUCGCUAAUACGCAUCUUUUGGUUCGCGGCAAUAUUAUUUCGGCCUUUCUUUCAAGCCGACUUAAUAAGCUUUCGCAUCCAGAGAAGCAGGAGGCGAGAUAUCCGGAUACUCAGGCCACAACCCCGGCAGUUCCUCCGGUUCUGAGGCCCACGCACUACCUGCUUAACUACUCCUCCACCCAGCUUGAGUUGGGCGCCCACUUAAAUGGGUUCUCAUCGGACUACAACAUAUUCGUCAUAUACACUCGAGAGAACUACCAUCUAAACCUUAAGUUCGACCUGUUCGCCCACAGCUUACUAAAGCACUCUAGUGCCCAGUUGCAUCUGCAUGUAAUCACGGACAACGAGAGUCAGACUUCGGUUUUCGAGAUCCUGCAGCGUCAGAUCCGGAGAUUCCGACGAACGGUUAUAUACACCAUUUACGAUGUAAAGGUCUGCUCCAGCAUAAUACAGGACAUAGCCACAAAGUUGUCCCCGUACUUUAGCUCAACUCCGAAUUCGUACUAUAGCGACUCCCUGUUUUUCCUAUCCCUCGGCCUACAUAGAAUCGCCGAUAGAAGCUUGAACAGAGCCAUUCUGCUAGAUUGUGAUAUAGUCUUCCGAUCCGAUGUCCGACUGCUCUUCAACGAGUUUGACAACUUUCUGCCGCACCAGCUCUACGGGCUGGCGCCGGAACUAACACCCGUAUAUCGACAUAUCCUAUAUCGCUAUCGAGUGCGUUAUCCAAAGACCAGUUUCGGUAAUCCGUACUAUCCGAUGAAUAACGAAAUGGGCAACCAACAUAGUCAUAUUCACCACGGAUAUCCCGGCCUGAAUUCCGGGGUAGUCCUACUGCUGCUAAACCGUAUCAGGAACUCAAAGUCCUACCUGGAGAAAUUGACCCAUUCUGAGGUGCACACCCUGGUCGCCAAAUACUCCUUUAAGGGCCAUCUAGGAGACCAGGACUUCUUCACACUCCUGGGAUAUGAGUACCCCAACUUGAUCUAUAGACUGGACUGCAUUUGGAACCGACAGCUGUGCACAUGGUGGAAGGAUCACGGCUACAGCGACAUAUUCGACGCAUAUUUCCGGUGCGAGGGCAAUAUUAAAAUGUACCACGGCAACUGUAAUACGCGAAUUCCAGAAUAAAUAAAAUUGUUAUAGCAAUCUAAAAA